AUGGUUUUAGAAGCUACUGUUUUAAUUCUUGAUAAUUCUGAAUACUCAAGAAACGGCGAUUUUGCACCUACAAGAUAUGAGGCACAGUUGGAUGCCAUUAGUUACAUUUUUAGAGCUAAAAGAAAUAGUAACCCAGAAAAUACCUUAGCAUUAAUUUCAUUGGCCGGUGAUAAUCCUCAAGUUUUAUCUACUUUUACUUCAGAGCAUGGUAAAAUAUUGUCAGGCCUAAAUGAGACUAGUAUAGAGGGUGAAAUACAUGUUGCGACCGCCCUUCAAAUUGCUUCUCUAACUUUAAAACAUCGUCAAAACAAAAAUCAACACCAAAGAAUCAUAUUAUUCCUUUGUUCUCCAGUUAUGAAGGAAAGUAGGGAGGAUUUGAUCAAAUUGGCCAAAAAAUUAAAAAAAAACAGUAUCGCCGUUGAUAUAGUAAAUUUCGGUGAAACUACUACCAAUACUUCUUUAUUAGAGGAAUUCAAUGAGGCUGUUAAUAACACUAAUUCUUCUGAAGAUAAAAGCACUUUGCUCACGUUGGCACCAGGACCUAAAUUAUUAUACGAACAUAUAGCUUCUUCUCCUAUUAUAUUAGAAGAUAGUUCCAACAGUAAUGCAGAUGGUAUGACCAUGGGUGGUGGUGGUGGUGGUGAUGAUUUUAUGGAUUUUGGCGUAGAUCCAAGUGUAGAUCCAGAAUUAGCCAUGGCAUUACGUAUGUCUAUGGAGGAAGAACAGGCACGACAAGAAAGAUUAAGACAGCAGCAACAACAAGAACAACAAGAAGAACCAAAGGAAGAACAAGGUAAAGAUACAAAAAAUUUAUGA